AUGCACCCGUCCAACUCGCCCAACGGGACCAAGCUCUCCUCGGGCCACAAUACGCCACCCAACGAAAUCGAGGGCGACACCCACGGCGUCGACCUUCAGGGUCUUGACGGUCUGACUCUCUACGAGAAGAAAUGCGUCCUCAUCAACCGCGAGAUAGAAUACCAGGGCAUGGGCAGGUACCAAUGGUACAUCUGGUGCCUCUGCGGCUUCGGCUACCUGCUCGAUCUGCUCUGGGCCCAGGCAUUCGGUCUCGCCCUCAGCCCUCUGCAGCAGGAGCUUGGCUUCAGCAACUCCGAGUCCGGCAACAUUGGCACCAGCUUCAACGCCGGCAUGACGGCCGGCGCCUUCGUCUGGGGCUUCCUCGCUGAUAUCGUGGGUCGCCGCUGGGCUUUCAACUUGACCUGUCUGAUUGCCUCCGUCUUUGGCCUGUGUCUUGGUGCUUCCCACAAUUACAAUACCUUCUUGGUCUUGACGGCCUUCGUUGGCUUUGGCGUCGGCGGCAACAUUCCCAUCGACACGACCAUUACGCUCGAGUUCAUCCCCAAGGCGAGUUUUCCCCCUUGUGGCUUUGGAUAUCGACUGGCAAGUACGUCGACUGGCGAGUACCCCAUUGGCGUCGUCCUCUGCUCCGCCAUUGCCUUUGGCUUCAUCCCCGUCUACUCGUGCUCCCCCAAUUUUUCCCAACAGGACCCUCUGCCGUCUUGUCGCAAUGCUGCCGACGGCGAAGAAUGCUGUUCCCGCGGUUCGAACAUGGGCUGGCGCUACCUGCUGUUCACCAUUGGUGCCAUCACCCUCUCCGUCUUCAUUCUGCGCUUCUUCGUCUUUACCUUUCGCGAGACGCCCAAGUACCUCAUUUACCGCGGCCAGGACGCCAAGGCCAUCGAGACGCUGCAUCACAUGGGCCAGGUCAACAAGCGUGCGUGCAAGCUGACGCUCGCCGUCUUCGAGUCACUCACCACCGAUGACUCGUCCGUCGGGUCCGGGUUUGGGUCCGGGUCUGCUUCCAAAGCCAUGCUCGGCGGUGGCAACCGCCAGCUGAAGCUCUCGUGGAACGAAAAGCUGCGGCUGGAAAUGUCCCGCUACAAGAUGCUCUUUGACGGCUGGCAGAUGACGCGCCUGACCAUCCUCGUCUGGCUGACCUACAUCAUGGACUACUGGGCCUUCACCGUCGCCGGCUUCUACCUGCCGCGCAUCCUCGCCCUCAAGAACGGCGCCAUCGACGUCAGCCUCACCCAGACCUACGCCGCCUACAUCUACACCUACGUCCCCGGCAUCUUUGGCGUGCUGCUCGGCGCCCUGAUGUACCACAUUCCCAGCUUCGGCCGCAAGUGGACCCUCGUGCUCUCGGCGGCCCUCAUGAGCACCUCCAUCUUUCUGCUGUCCGUCGUCGACACGCGCGCCAAGAACGAGGGCCUCUUCACGAUGGAGUACUUUUUCCAGAGCAUGUUCAACGCCGUGCUCUACGGGUGGACGCCCGAGGCCUUCCCGGCCCCCCACCUGUAUGGCCGGUCCGAGGGCGAGGGCGACAUCAAUGCCGUCCUGUAUCUUGCCGGCGGUGUCAUGCUGGGGUGUGUGGUCACGACGGCGCUGCUGCCGACGAACAAGAUGGAGACGACGGAUGCCAGGAUUCAGGACUAG